CAGCUGUUUUUGUUUAGUCGUAUAGUUUAAUUCCGUGAUUUGCUGUAAACUUUUCAUUUUAUUUCGAGCCAGGUGCAAAAUUCAUCAUAUAUAUGUAGGAAAUGAUAAAAUAUGCCUUUCUACAGUAGCAGCAUUAGACGUAUCUUGGACAAGUGGCCUGGUAAACAACGUUUUGGUGUCUACAGAUUCUUACCAUUGUUUUUUAUACUCGGUGCAGCUUUGGAAUUUUCCAUGAUUAACUGGACGGUGGGAGAAACCAAUUUUUAUAACACAUUUAAAAAACGUCAAGCUAAAAAUUUCGUAGAAGGAAAAUUGCAAGCGCCAGCUAAAGAAGCAGUGUAGUUAUAAUCCGGUCAAAAGCGAAAUAUCUCAACGUAUGUUAAAGAAGCAAAAUGCCUGCUGGAGUUUCUUGGGUUCAAUAUAUGAAAUUCUUUUCGGCGGCUAUGUUGUCUAUGAUGGCGGGCUCUCAAUUGGUUCAUAUGUACUACAAACCUCUAGAUGAUAUAAACGUUUACAUAGAGCGUGAAAAGAGUGCUGCUAGUACUACUCAAAAUACUGUAAAUACCGAUAAGCCACCACAAACGGCGGAUGAAAAACUGCUAUCUAAUAAAAAGUAAUCAUUAUAAGAAAC